GUAUGAAGGAGCAGCAGAAUUUCUUACGAAGAAUUAUCUCGAGUUCAACAUCAGUAUCAAAUGAAAGACAAGUUGCUCAGCUUGAAGCUUUCAUAAAGAAGUACAGGAAAGAUACGACUAAGUUGGAUGUAUUUGGACAACAGUUGGAAGAGAGCAGAACUGCAAAGCUGUGGCGAGACAGAAAUCUGAAAACACUUUCGGAAUGGUUUAGGAAACAGAAUAUGAAAAGUGUUUAACACUAUUGCUUAGCUAAUUAUCCAUCUAAAUUGUUGUUUUUGCGAUCAACGAAGCCUCGCUUAUAUCUGGCUCAUCAAACCACUUCUUUAUUCUAUCUGGAAUGGUC